UGCGGCGCGCGAGGGGCCGGGCGACGGCGGCUGGCGACUCAAGCUCGACGCCUCCCCGGGCGGCAGCGCGGCCUCCCUGGUGCUGAGCCUCUUCCUCUGCUGAGGGCCCGGCCCCGCCUUGCAGCCGCUCGCCAUGUCCAUCAUGGAUCACAGCCCAACCACGGGGCUGGUGACCGUCAUCGUUAUCCUCAUCGCCAUUGCAGCCCUGGGCGCCCUGAUUCUGGGCUGCUGGUGCUACCUGCGCCUCCAGCGGAUCAGCCAGUCGGAGGACGAGGAGAGCAUUGUGGGCGAAGGCGAAACCAAGGAGCCCUUCCUCCUGGUCCAGUAUUCUGCGCGGGGACCUUGCACAGAGAGGAAGGCCAAGCUGAGCCCCGGGGGCCCCAAGGCACAUGGCUAGCGGCAUCCCACGGAUACUGUGAAGGACAAGCAGGGCUGCGCCCAUCAGUGUGCCGAAUGCUUGGCCACUCGCAGC